CCAAGUCCUGGCUUGCCCACUCGGCGAAUUACGAUCAAACGCGUCGGUCUGUGCUAUUUAUUGGGCGGAGAUUCACUGCGAAGCCCCAAAUCCACUUCAGAGUCCGAGUAUUUUGCUGCUUGCUCCUUGCUAUUUGUGUUGUGCAAUUCCAUUACCGGUACCUCGACAAAUUGUUUGCCAAUCCAGGCAUAAGUGAAUUUAAUUCGGGCAAGUUGAAUUCCUAUCCGAACUCUUCCAACUUCUUAACAAACUUUUAUCAACCAUGCCUCCAAAGAAGCGAUCAGCAAGCACAAAGACAGGUGGGAAAGGGGCUAAAGUGUUGAAGAAAGAACCAGAUGAUGGUGGACUGAAGGCUGCUGUUGAGAAACUCAAAACUGCCGACAAAGGGAAAAAAUCAUCUCAUACUAAAGAUAGCCAUUGUAGUUGGCCUGGUAGUGUGUUUGAUGAUUUUGACUGUAUGCUGAACCAAACUAAUAUUGGCCACAACAACAACAAGUACUAUGUUAUUCAACUCUUGCAAUCUCACUUAGGAUAUGCUGUUUUUACCAGAUGGGGAAGAGUGGGAGAGUCAGGCCAGCAAGCAACACAAGAAUUUAGUGGCGGUGAUAUCGAAGGUGCCAAGAAAUUCUUCUGCAAGAAGUUUAAUGACAAGACCAAAAACAAGUGGGAUGACCGAGCAAACUUUGAGCCCAAGGCUGGCAAAUAUACCCUGAUAGAGGUGGAGGACGCAGAUAACGAGGAACUCCAGGAGACGAGUGAAAAGCUUGCCGAGGUAGAUGACUCAUCUAAGACAGUGCUGCCUUCCAAGCUGGAUAAGGUUACACAGGAUUUUGUCAAACUUGUUUUCAACGAGGACAUGUUCAAGGAACAGAUGACCAAGUUUGAAAUUGAUGUAAAGAAGAUGCCGCUUGGUAAACUCAGCAAGGCUCAGAUUGCCAAGGGCUUUGAAGCUUUAGAAGAACUUGAAGAUGCGAUACAGAAGAAGGCAAACAAGGGCAAGUUGAGUGAACUUUCCUCAAAGUUCUACACCAUCAUCCCUCAUUCUUUUGGAAGGAAUAUACCUCCUCUGAUUGAUGAUGCUGAGAAGAUCCAAGCAAAGAAAGACAUGCUUAUUGUUCUUGGAGAUAUCGAGCUUGCACUAGGUAUGCAGAAGGAAAAGAAAAAUAGAGAUGCUGCUGCUGGCGAUGCUGUACCCCAUCCACUUGAUGUCAAGUAUGAUCUUCUCAAAUGCGAUCUGGAGCUUCUUGACCCAUCAUCCAAGGAGUUCAAAAUUGUUAAGACCUACAUUGCUAAUACAGGCUGUGCUGGUUCAGAUAAGCAGCUUCUUCAUGUUUGGAAGAUGGAUAGAGAAGAUGAGAGUGAUAGAUUUACUGCACACGCUAAUAUCACAAAUCGUCGUCUCCUGUGGCACGGUACCAAUGUAGCUGUAGUAGCCGCUAUCUUGAAAACGGGACUUCGAAUCAUGCCACAUUCAGGAGGACGAGUAGGACGAGGCAUAUAUCUUGCAUCGGAGCAAAGCAAAUCACGUGGAUAUGUUGGAGCAGCAAAUGAUGGCCGAGCCGUGAUGUUCCUGAAUGAAGCAGCCCUGGGUAAAGAGCAUCACAUCACAGCUAAUAAUAGCUCUCUUACUAAAGCACCUAAUGGAUGUGACUGUGUCAUUGCUAAAGGAAACCAAGAACCAGAUCCUAAGAAGGAAACCAUCUUGAAGCUUGAUGGCAAGGAUGUGGUUGUCCCUCAGGGAAAACCAGUCAAGCAAUCAAAAUAUUCGUCAUCUCACUUCUACCAGAGCGAGUACCUCCUCUAUAAAGAGAGUCAGAACAGAAUGAGAUACCUCUGCCUCUUCAAGUUUUGGUAAUCACCUCACAGUGCUGCAAUGUAUCUUGGUUGCUUGAGAAUUGUCUGAACAGGAAUCUGCUAGAAAUCCAGUCAUUUAGAUAAGGUAUGAAACCUGUGGAGGAAGGAGCAUUUGUUAUUCGACAUUUUUACAUUAGCUGGUAGAAAUAUAUUAACUGUCCGCUCUUCUUUUUCAUUAUAAUAAGGUGUAUGUAACAUAUAUAUGCUUUAUUCACUGCCCACUGACUAACUUUUAUGUUUCUGUUACACUAUGUAAGUAUUACAGUAGUUGCAUCUGCUGAAUUUUGUUUAAGUGAAGAUUUUUUUUUGAAAAUUUGCUUUGAUUUGCUUCUGUCACUUGGUUGGGUCAGAGUGUGGAAACAGGAUUGCUUUUGACCAUUGCAUGGUAAAUAUUUUUUAAUUCAAUCUGAAAAUCUUACAACUCAUAAAGCAGUUGUGUGUUAUGUUCAAAGAUCAUGAUUUUUUUUUUCAUUUUUCAUUCAUAAAUGAAUGCUUUGAUCAGAAUGAAAUGAAAAUGAAUAACAUACAAUAUCUGUGUAGGAGAAAUUAAAAGAUAUUAAACCAUCUAAGUAUGAAUAACAAACCUACUCUUAACCUAAUUCCAUUCUACAUCUUGCCAGAGAGGCAGUUGCCUUUGUGGAAAAUGAAAUGCAGCCUUUUAGAUGAACAAUUUCAUUGUGUUGAAAUAUCAGUUUAUUCUUCAAAAUGAUGAAAUGUUACUCUUAUAUGACAAUUCAUAUAAUCCCUUUCAAACUGUUCCUUUUUGUAGGAAUGUUGUUAGCAAUCCAUUCUGCUGUGAUUUGGGAAUCUAAGUAUGUAGAAUUUCAGUAUAAACAGGUACUGCGAUUAUCUACAAAUGGCAAUUAACUUCCUUUCUAUUUGAAAACAUGUUCAUUUUUGCCAAAUUUCAGCUGUAUCCAUUUUUAUGCUGUUUUAAUUCCAAUGUUAAUGGAAAUUUGAUGUCUUUCUUACAGAAUUACAUGUGUGAAGAUAUAUUCUCUAAGUGAGUUAGAUAAAAUUUUAUGAUGAAUGUUUUAGAGAUGGUACUUUUUAUAAACUUGUGGAAUGAGGCUAGUCUAAAUAUCUUAAUGCAUAUUGAUAUACAGAGGGUAUAUCUACUUGCCAAUAAAUUCAUAUAUUUUACCUGUCAAAUCAAAGAUUUUAUAGUCACUGUUUUUAAUAUGCACUGAAAUAUGUUAUGGUAAAAUAAUUGUAUCGAUAAAUGUAUUAUUUGUACGUUUUUUUUAUAAGGCAGACACCAAAAUCUUACAUCAGUUCAUGUAGUAUGAAGAUUUGAUAUGACAUGAAUUAUUUGUACACAUAUUUCAAUUCAGUGAUGUAAAAAAAAUAUAUGAUUCUUUAAAAUCUAUGCAUGUUUUACAGAAAAUGCCUUUAGAGUAAAUCAGAACUUUGAUUUUAAUGUAUGAUAGAUUCAUGUAGGUGUGAUGUAAUAGUAUUUUACUUUAAUUUUAUUUUUGUUUUACAUGUACAUUGUAUUUCAUUUCCAGUAAUACAAUAAUGAUAGUAAAUAUCAAAACUUUGAAUACAAAAUUUAAAAUCCAAUGUCAGAAGACAAAGAAAAUACAAACAAAAAGUUCAUCAGCUAAUGCCUGGGGAUUAUCAAAAUAAAUCAGGAUUCUGUUAAGACUUUCCUCAUUAGCUGGUGAUAAAGAUAGAACAAAUGGAGUCCAACAUUAUGAACCAAA